CGUAUCCACUUUGACAUAAUAAACACGAUGUCUCAAGAACCUCUACUGGUGGUUGACAUUCCACCAAGUGAAAGCAAAUUUCACAUACGCGAUUUGACCAAAGUAUCGGAUGCAGGAGCUCCGAUUCUCAAUGGGAUCAACGUGGACAUUCCUAAGGGUAUGAUCGUCGGGAUCAUCGGCCCCAGUGGCAGCGGCAAAUCUACCUUCUUAAGAGCACUCAACCGCCUGUGGGAGCCACCUUCCGGUACUGUCUUUCUUGACGGUCGUGAUAUUCUUGAUCUUGAUGUUCUUAAUCACCGUCGUAAAGUCGGCAUGCUUUUCCAAACUCCGGUUCUUUUCGAAGGGACAGUUGCAGAUAAUAUCCGAUAUGGACCACAACUGAGGGGGAAGAAGAUAAGUGACAAUGAGGUUUACAAGUUGCUCUCUCUUGCAGACCUUGAUUCCUCUUUCUUCAAUAAAACCAGUGGUGAAAUAUCAGUUGGCCAAGCUCAACGAGUUGCACUUGCUCGCACAUUAGCCAAUGAACCAGAGGUUUUGCUGCUGGAUGAGCCCACUAGUGCCUUGGAUCCAAUAGCCACUCAAAAUAUAGAGGAUGUGUUAGUGAAACUGAAGAAGAAACAAGAAAUGACAAUCGUAAUGGUUUCUCACAGCAUUAAACAAAUCCAGAGGAUUGCUGAUGUAGUUUGUCUUCUUGUCAAUGGUGUCAUUGUUGAAGUUUUGAAGCCUGAUAAGCUCUCUGAAGCCAAGCAUCCUAUGGCACUAAGGUUUCUUGAACUCAGCGCUUAGGAGCUCAGAGGAUCCUCUUUUUAUAGCUGCUAUAUUCUCUUGUGCAACCUGUUUCAACUUAGCCUUGAGUAUUUCACUGUUUUGAGUCGUUUGCUUUCUUCACUGUAUGCAGAAGAUUCUAUGGUCAGUGGCUCUUGGCCUUUUUUUUGUUGUAUUAAUGUUGAUGCUUCAUUGAUAAGCAUGAAAAAUUGUGGCUCAAGAAUUGUAACAAACACUAGAAGUCUUUUUAGUGUUGUGGCUAGGUGCUUGAACACCCACAAGGGGUUGACUGUGAUGCUUUGUAGUUUAUAUAUGAAGCAAACUGAAAUUGUUGAUAAAGAAUUGUCACAAACACAAUGAAAGUGUUGUGGAGCUUUGAUUUAAA